CUGACUCGAGCGCAAUGUGCGCAAAUGGCUCAUCACCUCCACCGGAACACAUCGCCACCGCCCUAUUUCCUUCGUUUCCCCUCGCCGGCGCUCCGCCUCUCCCUCCUCCUUAUCAUCACUCUCGCCCUCCUCUACGCCGCCUCCGUCUUUCUCCUCCACCCUGCCUCUUUCUCUCGACGCCUCCUCCCCCCUCCGCCUCCAUGCGGCGCGGCCGCCGCCGACCUCUCCGCCGGCAGAUGGGCCCGCGACAGCCCGCGGCCCCUCUACGAUGGUUCCUGCCCUUUCCACCGCAACGCCUGGAACUGCCUCCGCAACGGACGCGAGGGCAUGGAUUCCAUCAACUCCUGGGUUUGGCUCCCCGAUCGCUGUGAUGGGCAGCCGAUCCCACGGAUCGACCCAGCGGCGUUCCUCGGCUCGAUGAGAGGGCGAAAGAUCGGGUUCAUUGGCGAUUCGCUGAACGAGAACUUCUUGGUUGCGUUAUUGUGCACGCUGAGGUCGGCGGAUGGUGGGGCGAAGAAGUGGAAGCGGAAAGGGGCGUGGCGGGGUGGCUACUUCCCCAAGUUUGAUGUUGUCGUGGCUUAUCACCGCGCGGUGCUGCUCGCGAAGUACACGUGGCAGCCUGUGGAUAACUCAGCUCAUCUUGGUCAAGAUGGAGUGAAGGGGACCUAUAAAGUUGAUAUUGAUGUUCCAGCUGAUGACUGGGCUAAUGUCACAAAGUUCUAUGAUAUCCUGUUAUUCAAUACUGGGCAUUGGUGGGGCACUGAUAAAUUCCCAAAUGAGACACCACUUGUUUUUUAUCAGGGAGGAAAACCAUUAGACCCUCCACUUGGAAUCAUAGACGGACUCGAGGUAGUUCUGAAUAGUAUGAUCUCCUACAUUGAAAAAGAAGUCCCUGAAAAGACCCUCAAGUUUUGGCGUACUCAGUCACCGAGGCACUUCUUUGGUGGGGAAUGGGAUCACAAUGGCAGUUGCUUGUUCGGUGAGCCUCUGAAAGAGACCGAGCUCGAUUCAUGGUUUGACGCCAAACGUAAGGGAGUCAAUAAGGAAGCAAGGGAAGUAAACUCUCUGAUUCAACAAGCAUUGCUAGGUACAAACAUAAGGUCUCUAGACCUGACUCAUAUGAGUGAAUUCAGAGCAGAUGCACAUCCAGCAAUCUGGUUGGGCAAGAAGGACGCUGUGGCAAUCUGGGGCCAGGACUGCAUGCAUUGGUGCCUCCCGGGCCUUCCGGAUACUUGGGUCGAUAUCUUGGCUGCCCAGAUCAUAUACAACUUAGAACUGGGCUGACAAACGUGCAGAAACAAGCAGCAUCUUAUGGAGCAUGCCGAUGUCUUACAGUCACCCAGAAACUAAUCAUCUGAAGUUUGGUCCAACUGGUUACCAUUUAGUUGCUUGUAUCUUCUUCCUAUAUUUUUUUUGACAAGAUCAUUCAUAAUUUUCUUCACACAAAAUCAUUCAUAAUCUUCGGAUAGAAAUAUAAUCAUACUCUUUUACUUUUAUUCUGUCCCCUUCUUAUGGGGGCAGCGGCUUUAAUGCAAUCUGGGCAAAUUCUAGGCAGCUUUCAAUUGUGUUAACAUUUUGUUGAUGUCAGAAUCUUAAUAUCUGUUUUUUAGCUUUAUGGUUUGCAUGUGUUAUAUCUAAUCCUAUGGUGUACACAAUUGUAAUUCUCAGUUCUCACAAGUAUUCUUGUAGUUCUUUCCCUCUUCCAAAAUUUUUUGUUGAUGUAUAUUGAAGACUUUUUACUGAAACUGAGGGUUAAUUUGACUUGAAGAUGAUUGGAGAUUGACCAGAGACAAUGUCUUGGAUCAACAAAGGUUUCCGAUGAGGUAUUGGCUUGUGUCUUCCCCAAUUUUCUCUUGAUUACAAAUGAUUUCAGGUGGUAGAACAUCUUUUGACAGAUCUAAAAUGGGUUAUCAAUCUUAUAAAGUUGUGUUCUUUUUCCCGGAACUAAGAAGAUUUAUAUCAUCUUUUCUUGUGGACAGGUUCCGAGUUGUUGCAACUUUCCACAGCUAUGUUUCCAGAUCAAUGCAGCGGAGUUCGGAAGGUUUGGUCCCCUCGUCGAAGAACCAGAGCUCUCAGCCGGUGCACCAUCGUCGUCCCCGGAGUAACCUCGCGCAAGAUAUAAUGGUAAUCCAACAUACCAUCAACUUUUGAUGUUGACAAUUGUAGAUAUCAUUACCAAUAUUUAUUAACUAAACCAAAAUUUGAAGAAUAUAUUUCUCGAUACAUUUAUUUAUUUUUAUCCUAGAGAGAAAGGAAGAGUGAUUUAUUUUACACAGCCCACAAUCAUGUAUUCUUAGGAGAUUUGUGACCAUCUGGAUUGCAGCAGACAUGAUAUUCUGUGGCCAUAAAUGCUGUUCGUAAAGCGAAUUAGACAUGAGAUUCUGUGACUAUCACUUGGAUUUUGAAUGACCCUUUGCUUGUGCUUCCUUUAAUGAACCUUUUUGCUUGCACUCUCUUCCAUGAACUUUCCCUUUCAGGUCUCUCUUAUCAGACAUCAAUCAACCAUGCGCUGUGUAGCACAGUGAUAUUUGACGGCCAUGAGCGAAGGUAAGAAAGCAGAUCAAAUAUAUCAUAGAGAAGAGACUAUUGCUCCUCCUUAUUGGAGACAUAAGCACUCACAGAUUACACUCUCAGCCUUGCAUCGGACACUGCUUAUUGCAUCACACCAAAGCAAACCAAAGCAGGUAGAUCGAGACCAGUUGAGUUCCAGCAGACGCAUCUGGUAACGCCGGGAGUCGCUCUUAUUUUGGCGCAGCUACGAUAA